AUGGAACAAAGGAACAAUGUGACCGAGUUUGUGCUCUUGGGGCUCACUCAGAGCCGCCAGGGUCAGAAAAUACUGUUUGCUGUGUUCUUGCCGAUCUACGUGGUGACAAUGGCAGGCAACCUACUCAUCGUCCUGACUGUGGUGCUCAGCCCAGCCUUAAAUGCCCCAAUGUUCAUCUUUCUUGGCUACUUAUCAUUAAUGGAUGUUGUUUAUACCACUACAGUUACCCCAAAGGUGAUUAAAGACUUACUCUACAAGAAGACAAGCAUUUCCUUCAAAGCUUGCAUGACACAGCUUUUUGCAGUUCACUUAUUUGGUGGCGUUGACAUAAUACUCCUGGUUGUCAUGGCCUAUGACCGCUAUGUGGCCAUCUAUAAACCCCUGCAUUAUCUGGCCACCAUGAACCAACAGCGGUGUGCUCUGCUGCUGCUGCUCACCUGGGCUGGUGCGUUUGUGCAUGCUGCUCCACAUGUACUUUUUGUAUACAAUCUUCCCUUCUGUGGCCCCAAUGUCAUGGACCACUUCAUCUGUGACAUGUAUCCCCUAUUAAAACUUGCCUGCACUGACACCCAUGUUGUUAGCCUCACAGUGGUGGCCAAUGAUGGUGCCAUGUGUGUGGUUAUCUUUUUACUCUUGCUGGUCUCCUAUGGGGUCAUUUUAUGCUCCCUGAAGAACCUGAGUCAGGAAGGGAGGCGCAAGGCCUUAUCCACCUGUGGCUCCCACAUCACGGUGGUCAUCCUCUUCUUUGUUCCUUGCAUUUUUAUUUAUGUGAGACCUCCCUCUACCUUACCUAUUGAUAAAUCCAUAACUUUAUUUUACACCAUUAUCACACCUAUGCUGAACCCCCUCAUCUAUACUCUGAGAAAUACAGAGAUGAAAAGUGCCAUAAAGAAGCUCUGGUCUAGGAAACAAAAUUGA